AUGUUGAGCGUUGAAUUAGAAAAGGGUAAACAAAAUGACGGGCCUGAUCCACACCACGAACAUGCCAAGAAGUCGUAUGGUGUCCAAAAGGUGGAAAUUCUCAACAAACAGUACUCAUCGCUGGCCAAUAAGGCGAUGAUCUUUGUCUCCAUUUUUUUGAUGGCUUAUGUGUACCGUUUGGAUGCGAUGGUGCGCAAGACGUUUACGGCGCAUGCGAUCAACUCUUACCGGACCCAUUCGCUGAUCUCUACAGUUGGUGUUGUAAGAUCUGUGUCAGCCGCGGCAUCCAUGCCGAUAUAUUCGAGAUUAUCAGACGCAGUUGGAAGAAUCGAACUGAUUGUGUGUGCUGUGGUUCUAUAUGUGAUCGGGACCAUUGUGUGCUCGCAGGCAACAGAUGUGACGAGGUAUGCAGCUGGGAUGAUUCUGUACCAGUUUGGGCUCAGUGGACUCGCGAUCUUGUUCAAGAUCAUCUCUGCCGAUUUUUCCAGUUUGAACUGGAGACUCUUCUGCACGUUAGUCAGUGCUUCGCCAUACAUAAUCAAUACCUGGAUCUCCGGAAAUGUUGCUUCCACCAUCGGUGUGAAACAUUGGUCGUGGGGUAUCGGUAUGUGGGCAAUCUGGCUGCCCAUCGCAACGCUUCCUCUAGUAUGUUGCUUCUUGCAUAUGACUUACCGGGCCAAACGGAAUGGCGACUGGAAAGAGUUGAAAGCGCUUGAAGGCAGAAGUUUCAAGGCUCUUUUGAAAUUUAUCUGGGAAGACCUCGAUAUUAUUGGGGUUCUAAGUUUCACUUUGAUUCUUGGUUUGAUCUUGACGCCAUUCACAUUGGCUGGUGGGGAGCACCGUAAGUGGAAAACGGCCAGGGUUAUUGUCCCCUUGGUUCUUGGUUUUGUCAUGAUUCCCGUGUUCAUUGUUUGGGAGAGAAAAUUCGCUGCCAAGCCUAUUUGCCCCGAGAAGCUUUUCAAGAAGAAGUCUGUCAUCGUGGGGUUGUGCAUUGGUGUGUUGAUCGACUUUGUCUGGCAAAUACAGGGCGAAUAUCUAUAUACUAUCCUUGUGGUUGCCGUAAACGAAUCUGUGAGAUCUGCCACCAGAAUCAAUUCCUUGUACUCAUUCUCCACCACAAUAAGUGGUCUAAUUGUCGGAUUAAUAGUCGUGUAUGUCAGAAGACUCAAAUUCUUCAUUAUCGGCGGAACAUGCAUUUGGAUGAUUGCUCUAGGUAUCAUGGUCAAAUACCGUGGUGGGCUGUCCAGCCACGGCGGUGUCAUUGCUGGCCAGGUGCUACUUGGUGUUGGUUCCGGUUUAUUCACCCAUUCCACCCAGGCUCUAUUGCAAGCCUUGGUCAGCCACGAGGUCAUGAGCACAGUUACAAUGCUCUACAGUGCUUCCUACUACGUCGGAUCCGCUAUAGGAAGUUCUAUUAGUGGUGCCGUUUGGACCCAAGCCCUUCCUCACCAAAUCAAUAAAAGAAUCGCUAACGCUACCAUCGCCAAAAUGGCGUACAAGGCUCCAUUAUCGUUCAUUGUGAAAAACAAGUGGGGUACUCCGGGAAGAGAAGCUCUAGUAGAAGCAUAUCGCCACGUUCAGAAAAUCCUAAUCGUGAUAUCCUUGUGUUUCUGCGUCCCCAUCGUCUGUCUAGCCGUUCUUCUUGACGAUCCCGUGUUGGAAAAUGUCCAGGCAAAAGAAGACACGGAAUCCGAAUACGAGUCUGACACUGCAACCACCACCACUACUACUGCAGGAGUUUCAAAGCUUUGA